AUGAGUGAUAACGCUCCCCUCCUCGGUGAGUACCUCCGCCACCACCGUGGAGCGCCGCUGGUGGACGACUGGAAGUCGGUCUACCGUCGGACCCGAGCGGCGUUGUCGCGCUUCAUGAACUCGCGCACCAAACACUGGAUUGUUCUGGUCCUCGUCAUCAUCGACGUCGCGGGCAUCUUGAGCGAUAUCUUCAUCGCCUUGAUUACGUGCGAGAUCGGCGUGGAGCACGACCCGUGGGUGGCGCCGACGAGGAACACGCUGGCCGUCUUGUCGCUGACCUUGAGCUGCGUGUUCCUAGGCGAGCUGCUGCUGUCCGUAUUGGCCGACGGUUUGCGAUAUUUUGCGAGCAAGCUGCACUGCUUCGACGCCUUCGUUAUCGUCGUGGGCUUCGCGGUCGACCUGCUGGAGCACAACACGGCGGAGAAGAUCGCGUCCCUGAUCGUCAUGUUGAGGCUGUGGCGCUUCGUGAAGAUUGUGGACGAGUUUUCCGUCGAGGUGGAGGAGCAGACGGAGGAGCUGCGCGAGCGUGUUCACGAGCUGGAGACGCGCAAUGCGGCGCUGGAGGCGAGGCUCCAGCAGCAGGUUUAG